GAGCAGCUUGACAAGAUCAAAUAUCACUAUAACACAAGGACUUAUUUGAUGAGAAGAGUUUGUAGAAGCCUUUACAGCCAGUCUCCCCAUCCAUCGCCAGGGAGUCUCACUUCUUUCAACUUGUCUGAGGUGUAAAUCCACUGUCACCAUGUCUGACACUGAGGAAGUCGAUCAGAUCGAGGACGAGGAAGAAGAGGUAGUAGAAGUAGAGGUAGCCCCCGAGGCAGCCCCAGAGGAGGAGGUAGAGGAAGAGGAGGUAGAGGAGGAGGCAGAACCCGAGCCUGAGCCUGAGCCUGAGGUUGUAGAGGAGGAAGAGGCCUAUGAAGAGGAAGUCGAGGAAGGAGAACAAGAUGAGGAGAAGCCCAAGUUCAAAGUCCCUAAGGUCCCUGAUGGUGAGAAGGUGGACUUUGACGACCUCCAUAAGAAGCGUCAGAACAAAGACCUGAUUGAGCUGCAGGGGUUGAUCGACGUCCACUUUGAGAACAGGAAGAAGGAGGAGGAGGAGCUUAUUGCCCUCAAGUCCAGAAUUGAGAAACGUAGGUCAGAGAGGGCCGAGAUCCAGAGGGUACGCACAGAGAAGGACAAGGAACGCCAGGCCAGACGUGAGGAGGAGAGGCUGAAGAAGGAGGAGAUGGAUCAAAGGAGAAAGGCUGAUGAUGACGCUAAGAAGAAGUCAGCUCUGACCAACAUGGGCUCCAGCUAUAGCAGCUCCCUGCAGAAGGCUGACACUAAGAGAGGAGGUAAGAAGCAGACUGAGAGAGAGAAGAAGAAGAAGAUCCUAGCGGAGCGACGCAAGCCUCUCAACAUCGACCAUCUGAACGAGGACAAGCUGAAGGAUAAGGCUAAGGAUCUAUGGGACUGGAUGCACCAACUGGAGUCUGAGAAGUACGAACACAUUGAGAAACUCAAGAGGCAGAAGUAUGAGGUCAUCUCUCUCAGAAAUCGUAUUGAUGAGCUUCAGAAACACAGCAAGAAGGGAGCCGCAGCCCGCCGCCGAAAGUAAACUGCCCACCCGCAGAGGUCUCAGCACCGGCGUGCGUCCGCCAUGCUGCCGGCUUCUGUACCGGCAGGGACAACUGCCUCUGCCCGCCACAGCCAUCCAGACCCCGGCUAGACCCAUGUCAUGGAACCGACAAGUUGCACUGGAUGUCCUACUGUCUGCUUUCGUGUUAUGUGAAUUAUGUUGUCACAGUCCAUUCUUCUCAUGUCCUGUCCUCUCACAGCAGACUAUGAUUGGUUCUCAUGUCCUAUCCUCUCACACCGGACUGUUGUUAGCUUCUCAUGUCCUGUCCUCUCACACCGGACUGUUGUUAGCUUCUCAUGUCCUGUCCUCUCACACCGGACUGUUGUUAGCUUCUCAUGUCCUGUCCUCUCACACCGGACUGUUGUUAGCUUCUCAUGACCUGUCCUCUCACACCGGACUGUUGUUAGCUUCUCAUGUCCUGUCCUCUCACAGCGGACUGUUGUUAGGUUCUCAUGUCCUGUCCUCUCAAACCGGACUGUUGUUAGCUUCUCACGUCCUGUCCUCUCACACCGGACUGUUGUUAGCUUCUCAUGACCUGUCCUCUCACAGCGGACUGUUGUUAGCUUCUCAUGACCUGUCCUCUCACAGCGGACUGUUGUUAGCUUCUCAUGUCCUGUCCUCUCACACCGGACUGUUGUUAGCUUCUCAUGUCCUGUCCUCUCACAGCGGACUGUUGUUAGCUUCUCAUGUCCUGUCCUCUCACAGCGGACUGUUGUUAGCUUCUCAUGACCUGUCCUCUCACAGCGGAGUGUUGUUAGCUUCUCAUGACCUGUCCUCUCACACCGGACUGUUGUUAGCUUCUCAUGUCCUGUCCUCUCAAACCGGACUGUUGUUAGCUUCUCAUGUCCUGUCCUCUCACACCGGACUGUUGUUAGCUUCUCAUGACCUGUCCUCUCACAGCGGACUGUUGUUAGCUUCUCAUGACCUGUCCUCUCACAGCGGACUGUUGUUAGCUUCUCAUGUCCUGUCCUCUCACACCGGAAUGUUGUUAGCUUCUCAUGUCCUGUCCUCUCACAGCGGACUGUUGUUAGCUUCUCAUGACCUGUCCUCUCACAGCGGACUGUUGUUAGCUUCUCAUGACCUGUCCUCUCACACCGGACUGUUGUUAGCUUCUCAUGUCCUGUCCUCUCACAGCGGACUGUUGUUAGCUUCUCAUGUCCUGUCUUCUCACAGCGGACUGUUGUUAGCUUCUCAUGUCCUGUCCUCUCACAGCGGACUGUUGUUAGCUUCUCAUGUCCUGUCCUCUCAAACCGGACUGUUGUUAGCUUCUCAUGUCCUGUCCUCUCACAGCGGACUGUUGUUAGCUUCUCAUUGUGGUAUUUUUUGUAAAUAAAAAGAGUGACGCUUCA